AUGCGCCUCGCCCCUCGCCGCGCUACUGCGUGGCGUAGACCUAUCAGCUCGCUACAGAGACACCUUACAUCUAUAGGUAUCCGGAAGGAAGACCCAGCGAGGGUAUGGGAGCGCCGUACACCGCUCACUCCCGACGCGGUCGCUUCUUUGCUUCGAGAUAACCAUGCUCAGCUGGAAGUGGAGGUCGAGAUGUGCGGGCGGCGCUGCUUCCCGGACAUUGACUACAGACAUGCUGGUGCAAAGCUCGUCCCCUCGCUAUCGAAGGAAGUCGACCUGGUUCUUGGAAUCAAGGAGCCGCCCGUGCACCGGAUCCAAGCGCUCCAGGAAGCUCGGCCGGGCAAGAAGCGGACGUACAUGAUCUUCUCUCAUACACACAAAGGCCAGCCGUAUAAUGUCCCGCUACUCUCCUCAUUCCUCGACCCGCACCAUAGUCAGACCCUCAUCGACUAUGAGCUACUGACACGGCCAAAGAAGGGAAACCCCAACGAGCUGAAGAGGGUGGCGGCGUUUGGAUGGUUUGCGGGAGCGGUUGGUGCAGGCGAAGCACUGAGUAUGACCGGUCUAGCUCUUCUCAGGCGAGGUGUAUCGACUCCUCUACUCGGCCUUCCCAGACCAUACACUUUCCCCUCUACGGCAGCCUAUAAAGCCGCCCUUCGACGGUGCGGGGACGAGAUCCGCUCCACCGUCCUCACGCCUUGCGGAACCGGACCCAUCGUCAUCGGCCUCACUGGAGCAGGGAAUGUCUCGAACGGAGCGAAAGAUAUGCUGGACGCGAUGGGCGUGGUCUGGGUCACUCCAGAGCAGCUUGUGGACAUUCAUCGCGGAACAAAGGGGAUGCAAACCCAGAUAUGGGCGUGCCAGGUCCCGCCUUCCGCCUACUACGAGAAGCUGGACGGAGGGGCGUAUGAUCGGGCAGACUAUAAGGCGCACCCAGAGGGAUACCGAAGUGUAUUUGUGAAGAAGCUCGCGCCAUACAUCACCACCCUCAUCAACGGCGCAGGGUGGCAAGAGGGCUGUCCGAGACUCAUGUCCAAUACCGACCUCGCCGCUCUUCUCGCUCAGGCCCCGGAAGUGGGGCACAAGCUGGUAGCUGUGCAAGAUAUUGCUUGUGAUCUGGAAGGCGGACUGGAGUUCAUGGACCGCAUCACGACGAUUGACGACCCAUUCUGCGUCGGUCCCGGCGGGAUCCUGAUCAGCUCGACCGAUAUCCUGCCGACUGAACUACCCGCGGACGCCUCGGCCUACUUCUCCUCCAGGAUCCUCCCUUAUGUCCAACACCUCGUUGCGCCCAAAUUAACGACGGGCGAUGUGGCGGAGACGAUCGAGCGGGCGACUAUCGUCCGUGAUGGAAGACUUCGGAAGCAGCACGAGUGGCUCAUGCCCAGUGUGGACAAGUGGCGCUCGCCAUCACCUCCAGCACCCUUAGGUGCUGCUACGACUUCAAGGAGGAAGAAGCGAGUUCUUCUUCUCGGUUCGGGACUAGUCGCUGGACCCGCUGUCGAGGUGUUCUCCGCGAGAUCUGACAUUGCCCUCGGGAUAGCAAGCAACAAUCUGCAGGAGGCCCAGGCUCUCACCAAGCGGUAUGGCGGCAAUGUCGAGACGUUCUCCUUGGACGUGGCGGACCAAGUCGAGCUGGGACGGGCAGUAUCAGCGGCGGACGUGGUAGUCAGCCUCCUUCCUGCGCCGAUGCAUGUUGCCGUCGCUCAGCAUUGUAUUGCCCAUGGCAAGCAUCUGGUGACUGCGAGCUACAUCUCGCCCGAAAUGAAGGCUUUAGACGAAGAGGCAAAGCAGAAGGACGUCCUCCUUCUUGGCGAAUGCGGUCUAGACCCCGGUAUCGACUCGAUGGCGGCAAUGCGCAUCCUCUCCCGCGUCAAACGCGAGAACAAACGAGUCACUUCCUUCGUAUCAUGGUGCGGUGGUCUGCCCGAGCCGGCCGCCAGCAACGUUCCAUUCGGAUACAAGUUCUCCUGGUCCCCCAAGGCGGUAUUGACAGCUGCGGGGAAUGAUGCGAGGUACAAGCUCGGCGGGAAGGUGGAGGAGGUCAAGGGAGAAGAUCUGCUCAAAAGGCAUUACCCGAAAGUGGACGUAUGGAAGGGAUUGGCAUUGGAGGGUCUGGCGAAUAGGGAUGCGAUGCCUUAUGCGGACAAGUAUGGGCUGGGGGAGGUGGAUGGGUUGACGAAUCUCUUUAGGGGGACAUUGAGAUAUCAAGGUUUCUCGCGCUUGCUCGAAUCGUUCAGACAGAUGGGGCUGCUCAGUCCUGAUCCGCUCACACGGAUGGGAGACAGCUGGGGAGACUUCUUGCUGGCUUCAUUGGCGAGGAUGAGUGAGGUCAGCGGAACGUCAUUGCGGGCGGGAGAUGUCGAGUCUGUCUUGAGGGACCUUUUGGCCAAGGAGGCGGAAGGGACCAUGGAGGCUUUGCGAUGGCUAUCCAUGCUACCCAAUACCGCCACCCCCGCCCUUCCCUCCCACCUCACCUCACCGAUCGAUAUCCUGGCCUAUAUCCUCUCCCAGAAACUCGCCUACUCGCCUAAAGAACGCGACUCUUGCCUCCUGCACCACGCCUUCGAGAUCGUCUCUUCUUCCACUCCCUCUUCGACCUCAUUCGGAUCCGGCGAGACUACUUCAAAGCAGAAAGUGACGGCCUCGCUUUUGCACUAUGGGACGCCAGGGGCGAGUUCUAUGAGUGUUACGGUCGGCAAGACUCUUGCAUUUGCGGCGCUAAGAGUGGUAGAUGGGGAUGUAAAGGGAAGGGGGGUGAGGGGACCGUAUGAACGGGAGGUGUGGGAGGGGGUGUUGGGGAGUUUGGAAGAGGCCGGGGUGGAGGUACUGGAGGAUUGGAGCUGA